CCCAUGGUAAGUAUCUUAGUUGAAGGUAGAGGCGUGUUUGUUUAUACUACGGGGCUGAAGAGGAAUAUUAUUCUGUACAAUAGCACAACUCCACCGCUGUACAACCUGUCCAAGGUCUCAGUUCCUGUAUCGCUGCACUAUGGAGAUAACGAACCUGUUGGCGAGACCCAUGGUAAGUAUCUCAGUCGCAGGUACAGUAGAGUCCGUGUAGAGGAUCACACUACGGGUCUGAGAGAGAUAUUAUUCUGUACAAUAGCACAACUCCACCGCUGUACAACCUGUCCAAGGUCUCAGUUCCUGUAUCGCUGCACUAUGGAGAUAACGACCUGUUGGCGAGACCCAUGGACGUAAGCUCCUUGUUUAGUCAGUUUGAAGAAUCCUGUAGGGAUGUUUCGCGUAAACUUAUCCUCAUUCAACCAUUUGGACUUCCUGUGGGGCCGUGACGCCAGGACUUUGGUCUACUCCAAGAUACAGUCUCU